UAGUAAAAGAAAAAUCCUCAGAGGAAGACUGGGGACACAACAUAGUUUGAUAUCACAGAGGAACGCUGACAAUGAGACUGAGCGAGAAAGACAACAAGGAGUAAACAGCAGAGGAGGACGGGUGCAGGUGAAGUGGGUGGAGUUAGGGCGCCACUGAAGGUGUAGAUGAACUGAGAGCAGCAAAUUGAUCCCCUGAGUCUGACAGAUCAGCCGAGACAAAAACAAAGGGAUGAGAUCCUGAGCGGCAGCAGAAACUGAGGCCAUGUGUGGACAGUAUCUGACGGUGUGAAGGAGGGAAGGAUGAGUCUGCAGUAACAGGACACACUCGCUUGAUUUUCUGCAAAGGUUCAAGAGUUCAUUGAAGGACUUCAGAAUGUCAGGUUCAGGCUACCCUUGCAAAAAUGGAGACACCUUCUGUGAUAUUCGUUACUUUGAGCAGGAAGUGAUUGUUUUGCCCGUCCUGCUGAUUGCCAGCUUCUUGGUCACUUUGGUCUUCAUCCUCUUGCUGCGUUACUGCCCAGAGAAGGUCGAUCGAAUCAGGUCAAAGUCCUACAAGACAAACUCCAGGAGAACGCUGCAUGGCAUUGAUGCUCCACCAGAGCUCAACGUCCUAGAGCAUGAAAGCAUCGACCUGGAUUCGCACAAUUCCUACUCUACCUUCAACCCUCCCAGCAGUUUCAUCAGCAAACCUCUCACCCGGCCUGUGAUCUCUCCUGCAGUCCCACCCAGCCCCCCACCGGAGCCCUACAAGCCCAGUUUCGCUCCCAUUGUCCAGCCCAGAGAGUUGCCCCGCCAGAGGUUACCAGAGUCUUUCAACCUGGUCACGCCUCUGCAGGGCAGCUUCUCUCUGCGCUCUGAAAGCAGCGUGUCCCUCUACAGGGCCCGAAUGGAAAACAGGAAUGUGGUGCUGCGGGUGCUGAGUGACUCGGCCGAUGCAACCCAGAGGCACAGCUUCCUGGGUUUUGCAUCCUUCCUGGCACAGCUGGGACCACAUCCGUUCAUCCCGGAGCUGCUCGGCGUCGUCUCCCUUCGAGCUCCUCUGGUCACAGUUGUGGAGGAGAUGGAAAACAGAGACCUUCUCAGCUUCUUGUGGCGAUGCAGAGAGGAGCUUGUGGAUCCUCCAUGUGAAAUGACUGAAAGACGAAUAUUUACCAUGGCCAAACAAGUGGCCUCUGCACUGGAAUUCCUUCACGGCAAAGAUCUGAUCCAUGGAAACAUCCGUGCCCGCAGCGUGCUCGUCAGCAAGCAGUACACAGCUAAGCUGUGGGGCCUGUUCGGGGUUCACACACGGAAGAACAAGGGGAUCACUCAGAAGGAUGAUCCCAGCAUGAAGAAGUGGCAGGCACCAGAGCUGUUGGUCAAAAAGCCUCCCACCCCGAGCAGUGAUGUGUGGUCUUUUGGGAUUUUAUUGUAUGAAAUGGUGACUUUGGGUGAAGCACCGUUUGCAGAAAUCCCAGCUAAUGAGCUGCUGCAGUUUCAUCAAAGAGGGAAAAGUCUGAAGAAAUCCCCCAACUGCUCCAAUUCCCUACACACUCUCAUUAGAGCCUGCUGCCAGUGGAAAGAUCAAGAACGACCCCCCCUGGCUGAAGUGAGUCGAAAGCUUGCAGCAGGAGAAAAGAGCGCCUCCGAUAAAAUUCUCAAGACGCCAAAGACGGUCAACAUAGAGGAGUACCUGCAGGAGGCCGGAUAUGGAGAGUCCAGCAGUUACACCGUUUUUUGAUCCUCGCCAAACAAGACAAAAAUCUGUCUAAACUAAAAGGAAUCAAAUGUGCACUUUAAACAGCAGAGUUUCACACCAAAGUGUUUCGAAACUUUUCAGGAACACUUUUGGCAUCAAAAGGAUUUUAUUUGAAUUUUGUAAUUAUAGAAAAGCCAGAAAAACAAAAGUUUUUUUAGCUGCAGGAAACAGCAAGCUAGCUGUUCAAUUAUCAGUUUUGAGGGCCAAAACUGGGAUAUUUUAUAUAAAAAAACAAAAAAAAAAACAAGAUAAGCCUGGGUCAUGUGCAGCAUAUACAUCUACAUGUCAAAUUAAAGGUUUGGGAUUAUAAUUUUACAAGGCUGCUUUGUAUUUAUACCUGGUAUUAUUGCAGAAGUGAAGGAACUAACUUAUUACCAUCUUAAAUGCUGAAUAUACUUUAUGUAUUAAUCGUUUUCCUGAGAGGCAAGUGAGGAACUUGCUGAUUUGUUUACAAAAUAAAAGCUCCACACAGAUGAA